UGAGGUGUAAACUUGAGUUUUCACGUGCCUGCGUCUUUUUCGUGAGGACUGAAAUGGCUGACCGUUAAAUUAACAAACAAGGCUGUCAGGAGACUUUCAUUUGUACAGCAAAUCAAACGUGAACCAGCUUUUACUUCUUAAACGGCUGAUUUCUGUCCACAGUUUAGGAGGUCGUAGAGCAUGUCUUUCCGUGGAAGAGGAGGUGGAGGGGGAAGAGGAGGUGGCUUCAAUCGUGGAGGAGGUGGCGGCGGUGACAGAGGUGGCUUUAAUCGCGGUGGACGAGGUGGCUUUGCACGGGGAGGUGGACGAGGAGGCUUCAACAGAGGCGGAUACGACCAGGGGCCUCCAGAAAGGGUAGUUUUAUUGGGAGAGUUCAUGCAUCCGUGCGAAGAUGACAUUGUUUGUAAAUGUAAAACAGAAGAAAACAAGGUGCCUUAUUUCAAUGCCCCAGUGUACUUGGAUAAUAAGGAACAGAUUGGCAAAGUGGAUGAAAUCUUUGGACAGCUGAGAGAUUUUUAUUUUUCAGUGAAACUGUCUGAGAACAUGAAAGCCUCUUCAUUUAAAAAAAUGCAAAAGUUUUACAUUGAUCCAGCAAAGCUGCUACCCCUUCAGAGAUUUUUGCCAAGGCCACCUGGAGAAAAAGGUGCUCCCAGAGGAGGUGGUAGAGGAGGACGUGGUGGUGGACGUGGAGGAGGAAGAGGUGGUGGUAGAGGAGGAUUUGGAGGAGGAAGAGGAGGAGGAAGAGGAGGAGGAUUCAGAGGAGGAAGAGGUGGAGGAGGAGGAUUCAGAGGAGGAAGAGGUGGUGGAGGAAGCUUUCGGGGAAGAGGCUAUUAAAAAUGGAGCCACAAGUAUCUCCCCGCUGUCUUACCGUAUCAUCUACAGAAAUGAAGAACAAGGAAAAAUUUUUGUAAAGCACCCUGAAAAAGCUCUUUUUAUAAAGAACUUGAAGCUGUAAAAUGACAACUGUUUUUACACUUAAUGACUGUUGAUCAGCAAAUGAGGACAGCGUAGCCCCAGGUGAAGAACAGAAGACUGCUCAGAAUAUACUUGAACUUUUUUAACUAAGUCAGGAUUCAAUGUUAUUCUUAAGCUGUUUGUUUCUGACAAGUGACAUAGUCAAUGCUUGACUUCAUGUUGGAGUUUGGAGUAAACAAUCAAUUGAAAUAUUUUUUCACAAAACCCUACGGGUUCACUACAUGCACACUUGUCAGUAUGAACCUGUUACCUACAUGUGACUGAUCCCUAGUUCUCAUCCUCUUUUUGUAUUGAAUCUUCUGGGUUGCUCUGAAGUGGACGUGCCAUUUAAACAACCUUUGUGAACCUUUUUUUUACAAACUAAACUUCAAAAUUUUGUGU